CAGAUGGUAACAGUACUACAAGCUGCAGGAGCGUAAGAAUUUGGCGCAGAAGUACUUUGAUUUCUCCAAACUUGACUGGAACGUUUAGCCUGAGAGGAGCAGGGGGGAUUCAUUCUCCACUUCCUGACACUCACUGGAUUCCACGUUUAACAGGCAGAAUCUGCUGUCAAGGUGAGGAGCGGUCAUGCCGUUUGGCUGUUUAACAAUUGGAGAAAAGAAGGAUUACCACAGUCCUUCAGAUGUGACAGAGAAAUAUGACCUGGGUCCGAUUGUGAAAUCGGAGGAGUUCUGUGAGAUUUUCAGGGCCAAGGACAAAACUACAAUGAAAAUGUACACAUGUAAAAAAUUCCUGAAAAACGAUGGGAGAAAAGUGCGCAAGGCUGCCAAAAAUGAGAUCCUCAUCCUAAAAAUGGUGAGGCAUCCCAAUAUCCUGCAACUGGUUGACGUCUAUGAGACCAAAAAGGAGUACUUCCUCUUCCUUGAACUUGCAACUGGCAGAGAGGUGUUUGACUGGAUUCUGGAUCAAGGGUACUACUCAGAGCGAGACACCAGCAAUGUGGUGCGUCAAGUACUGGAGGCAGUCGCCUAUCUCCACUCGCUGCACAUCGUUCACAGGAACCUCAAGUUAGAGAAUUUGGUGUACUACAACCGCCUGAAGCACUCCAAAAUAGUCAUCAGUGACUUCCACCUUGCCAAGUUGGAGAAUGGAUUAAUCAAAGACCCCUGUGGGACCCCAGAAUACUUGGCUCCUGAGGUGGUUGGCAGACAGCGGUAUGGCAGACCAGUGGACUGCUGGGCAACAGGUGUCAUUAUGUACAUACUCCUGUCAGGCAACCCUCCUUUCUACGAUGAAACGGAUGAUGAUGAUUAUGAAAACCAUGACAAGAACCUGUUCCGAAAGAUUCUCGCAGGCGAUUAUGAGUUUGACUCGCCGUACUGGGAUGAGAUCUCUGAUUCAGCUAAGAAUCUGGUGGCUCGUUUGAUGGAGGUGGAUCAAGACCAGAGACUGACAGCCCAGGAGGCUAUAAACCAUGAAUGGAUCUCAGGUGGUGCAGCUUCAGAUAAGAACAUCAAAGAAAACGUGUGUGCACAAAUAGAGAAGAACUUUGCCCGAGCUAAAUGGAAGAAAGCUGUGCGAGUCACCACCAUCAUGAAGAGACUAAGAGCACCCGAACAUUGCGAGUCCAGGUCCGCCGGCCCCACAACGAGCCCCUCAGCAGACCCCACAGCUCCACAGGCUGCAAAUGACCCUCCCGCAACGUCAUCAGCCGCUCCUCUCCAGGCUCCCCCCGUAACAGAGCUGUCAGCUGCAGGAGAGGUGAGUCGCCCAGUGCCCUUAGCCGAACCCACAGCCGAGGGGCCUCAGCAGCCGAAUCCGGAUGGGCAGGGAGCCGAGCCCACGUCGCGCUACAACGGGGAAGCACCGGCCGCGUUCCACACAYCUGCGGAGGCGACGAACGAGCAGGGUUAAAGCCCCGCUCAGCUCUGCCGCUCCUGUGUGAGCGGCUCCUGCACACUGUACAUUAGCUGCUGGCYUGGUGACACUGACUCUGCUUCUUUCUCACUUGCAGCAUUAGUAUCGUCUCAUGAAGGCUGUGUGCUACCUUUUUCUAAGCAUUGCACUGCAUUUGCUUUUUGUUCUUUUUGAAUAUUCCACUGAUCUGAUCCUGUAAUUAUUUAAAAAAUAUAUCAAGUCUCACUUAAAAAGCCUGAGCUUUAGGGGCAAAAUAAAUUUGCUGUCAAACCUUUGGAUUCCAGCUCAAGUCAUGUCUGUCUCCUCACUUUGUGAUAAGAGGGGAAAGAAUGAGAGAACUUUGCUAAAAAAUAUGCUUUGAUUACAUCAGAAUAAAACAUCUUUGGGGAGUUUUAAUUAGAAAAGUUUUGCUUAACUAUGUUAGGGUUACUGUUGCUUUCACAUGAGAGGAAGCUUCACUGUUUAUCCCUGUCUGCACUAAAGGUUAUUGUGUAUGAAACAAUGCCGGGACUGAUGACUGAGAUUUUCUUUAAAUUUUCAGCCCAGUUCYGUAUUGUUGAUUGAGGCAGCUUCACARUCAAACACACACAAACACGAUGUUCCUUUGCUAAMAUGCUCAGAAAGGGUUUUCCUAGCUGGAAGUGUGACGCUUCUGUACAUAAAGACGUUUGUAGAAGUAGCUGAAACAGCAUGCAUUCUCACUUUUUGCUGUACGUUUUACACGCGCUCGGACUAAUCGGAUAAAGAUGCGUCGCCGCCAGCUUUGUCUUAUCGUCGGCCACAGCUCUCCCGCCUCUCGUGCAAGCCUUGUUAGUUCAAAUGUUCUUAAAGCAUACAUUACCACUGUUCGUUUAAAGUCCCUACUUUUAAUGUGCAUUACAUGAUGACAGUUUUCAUUUCAUAGCAGUUCUAUGCAUCCAGUUUUAAUUUGUAGCCUUUUUUUCUUUAUGAAAAAUCACAACACCUCCAUCCUGCUUUCAAKGGAUUUUUGUUCUGACUGUAUUUACUUUGGUUUGAUCCUGAUGUUUGGUCUCUGCUGCCACUCAUGUCUUCAUGUUUGGCUGAAACAGUAAAAAAAAGGCAUGCUUUAACCAACCAUGUCCAGAAURAGAGGGAAGACGAGCACAAUUUGGGCUUGGUGGUAUGUACAGUUUUUACAACUGAUGGGGUUUUCCAGCCAUUUUAAAGUGUUUUUUUUGGGUAAAUGUUAUGGAAACAAUGACCUAUUGUUGUARAGCUUCUUGAACGUUCUCACUUUACAGAAAAAGUUUAUAUCCAAUGGGACUGAUGAGCUAAAAAUAAAUAGCAUUUCAAAAAUUUCAGAGUGGUUCCUGUAAAAACUGUUUCACAGYAUUUUAGACUGCUGUGAGUUCAUAAUUACACAGCAUUAUGGUUGACCUCAAAGAGCCAAAUGUAAUUUGUAACUACGACAUUUCAUGUUUAACUUCACCUAAACAUGAAACAUCAGGUUCCUUGUCUCAUUGAAGGGUUGAGCGCCACUAACAAUAACUAAGCUCUUUGUGGUAUUUCAUGCARAAKAACAGCAUUUUCAACAUGUCUUAAAAACACUGAAAAGUARUAUGUAUACGACUGACUAAUGUMAAAUAAMUA